CCUCCCCCACCCGGAUUGUGAGAGGAGUGGCCCGAACCGGCAAGAUGGCGGCGGCCAGUUACCUGCUGGAAUCCCAGGAGCAUUUCAAAAAUAACGGCCGCACUAAGGAAUUCUCGGCCCAUACGGCCAAGGUGCACUCGGUGGCUUGGAGCUGCGAUGGACGCAGGCUCGCGUCUGGCUCUUUCGACAAGACAGCCAGUGUGUUUGUGCUGGAGAAGGAUCGGCUGGUUAAGGAGAAUAAUUAUCGUGGUCAUGGUGACAGUGUGGAUCAACUCUGUUGGCACCCAACCAAUGCAGAUCUCUUUGUAACUGCUUCUGGUGACAAAACGGUUAGAAUCUGGGAUGUCCGAACUGCAAAAUGCGUUGCUACUGUGAACACGAAAGGUGAGAACAUUAAUAUCUGUUGGAGUCCUGAUGGCCAAACGAUUGCUGUGGGAAAUAAAGAUGAUGUGGUGACUUUCAUUGAUGCAAAAUCACACCGAUCAAAGGCUGAAGAACAGUUUAAGUUUGAAGUGAAUGAGAUCUCCUGGAACAAUGAUAAUGAUAUGUUUUUUCUAACCAAUGGCAAUGGCUGCAUCAACUUACUCAGUUAUCCAGAGUUGAAACCGAUUCAGUCAAUCAACGCACAUCCUUCAAAUUGCAUCUGUAUUAAGUUUGAUCCAACAGGCAAAUACUUUGCCACAGGGAGUGCUGAUGCUCUGGUUAGUCUAUGGAGUGUGGAUGAGCUCGUCUGUGUAAGAUGCUUCUCCAGACUUGACUGGCCCGUGAGGACAUUGAGCUUCAGCCAUGAUGGAAAAAUGCUGGCAUCUGCUUCAGAGGAUCACUUCAUUGACAUUGCAGAAGUAGAAACUGGUGAGAAACUAUGGGAGGUGCAGUGUGACUCACCUACUUUCACUGUAGCAUGGCAUCCGAAACGACCACUCUUAGCUUUUGCUUGUGAUGAUAAAGAUGGCAAGUACGAUAGCAGUCGGGAAGCUGGAACAGUUAAACUCUUCGGACUUCCUAAUGACUCUUAAUAUGAGACGGAAAAUAUGUUUGGCUGUAAUGUACAUUAACGGCAUGCUGAAUGAAACUUGUUACAGAUGGCUUUCGUUAUGGACCAAGAAAGUAUGAAUUCCAUUUUUAGAUGGUACUUUGUAGGAAAUUAUUUUUACAUUUGUACCCUGUGUAAUUUGAACUUCAACUGGUGGAAAACCAAAACCAGCUAAUCAAUUAAAUUGGAAAUGUUUUGUUUAAAAAUAUAUUUAGACAAAUAUUGUAUGAAUGUAACCUCUACAGGUUUUGCAUUUGAUUAAUAAAAAAAAGGCUUGAAAUUUGGGAUUACUUAUUUAGUGUUUAUUCCAUUUGGAAUGAUACUUGCAUAUGCGUAAUACGUGUCUUUAAUAUGUAAUUGAUUUAUAAGUCUCAUAUUUAAUUGUCAAAUACUUUUUAUAUCUAAACAGUAAUUUCAUAAAAAUGUAUAUACAGGCUAGGGUCCUCCUAACUUAUCAGUUUUUAACACAACGGGUUCCACUGUGUAUGGAACAGUGGAUGGAACUGUUUGUUAAGUCACUGCAAAGUUUUAUAUUUUGUCACAUAGGAGACCAUUCUAGAUAUUGGUCACUGGGAAGAAUUGCUUCUGACAUCAGUCCUGUACUUACCUAAAAAAAAAAGUUGGCACCUAUGACUUCUUGUCUCAUUGUAGUUGUUUAACUUGAAAUCAAGGUAUCUGCAUCUAAAUUAUUUUAUAAAACAGAUUCGGGUCAUUAAUGAGUCUUUCUAUCUGAAUCUGUAUCCCUAAUUCAUUUUUGCGAUUUUAAUUUUGGGUAAAUUUAAGCCUCCCCUCUUUAUAGGGAAAUAAAAUUUAAAUUUUGAGCAUUGGCACUGACUUUAGAAGUGAGCAAGAUUUUAAGAGAAACAAAAAACAAUAUGGCCAGUGAUGUCAAGAUCAGCAGCAUAGCAAGUAAAAGUUACAGAUGUGAUAAUUUUGGGCUUGUUGUUUAAGAUGUCUUAGAAUGGUAGGCCUAAGAAGCCAAGUGUUUUUGAAACAUUGCCACACAAAUGCAGUUUCAGGCAUGACUCAUCAUUAAAAGUAAAUGUUGUGCCUUAGAACACAACAGUACAGCUCAGUACAGGCUGUUCGGCCCACAAUGUUGUGCCGAACUUUUACCCUAAUCCUAAGGUCUAUCUAACCUCCACCCCUACCUUAUACUACCCUCCAUAUGCCUAUCUAACAGCCGCUUAAAUGCCUCUAAUGAGGCCGACUCCACUACCCUCCCUGGCAAUGCAUUCCAUGCCCCUACCACUCUCUCUGAGUAAAGAACCUACCUCUGACGUCUCUCCCAUAUCUACCUCCUCUCACUUUAAAACUAUGCCCCCUCAUAAUAGCUACCUCUACCCUAGGAAAAAGUCUCUGGCUGUCUACUCUAUCUAUACCUCUGAUCAUUUUGUACACCUCUAUCAAGUCACCUCUCAUCCUUCGUCAUUCUAAAGAGAAAAGCCCUAGCUCUCUCAACCUUUCCUUGUAAGACCUUCCCUCCAUUCCAGGUAACAUCCUGGUAAAGCUCCUCUGCACCUUUUCCAACGCUUCCACAUCUUUCCUAUAAUGACCAGAACUGGACACAAUACUCCAGAUGUGGCCAAACCAGGCUUAUGAUUGUUUGUUUUAUCUCAGUUUGCUCUCAAAUCUUCAAAAGUAACCACAUUGCACAGCAUUUUUCAAAAAGUUCUGAAGCAAUUAAAAAUGAAGUGAUUUGAAAGACAAGUUUUCCAUAACGUGCUUAACAACCACAAUCUCUGUUACGUAUCAAGUGGAGUUGAACAUUAUAAAUGCAAAAAAAGGCCUUGAUUUGACUUUUUUAAUGAAACUGUGACAUUGGUAGUGUGGGGAGCCCAUGCCCAGGUAUGUGCUCUACAAAAGAAAUGUCAGAUUUUUACCUUAUCUUCACAAAACAGGCAUCGGCAUUAUCAUUAUUGAAGUUGGAUCACAAUUGUGUUCAAACAUCCAGAUGUGUGCAUAUUUGACUCUUACAUUGCAUGAACCUUUUAUGAUGUUAAGAACAUGUUGAAAUUUAUAAUGUUUGCUUACAGUGUCUGAAUUCUGCGCCGUGUAGAAGGAAUUGUUCAACACUGUCACUUGGAUUAUCAAUUUGGAAAUUCUGACAGCUGUUAACCAUUAAAUAAACGUAUUAUCUUUGCACAU